CCCUCAGCCCUGCGCCUGUUUGUCUUGUAAUCCCCAGACAAGAAAAAAGCAGGCAAAUUCCAGCCUUUCAAGAAGCUCUUUGGUAAGAGGAGGAAAAGAGAGCCCACGUCAGACUGCGAGGAAGCCAAGCUGAAGCCCAGCCACUCCUUCGGCAACGUCUGCAACGGCACCUUCUCCUCCGAUGAAGAGCCAAACGGCGGUCUGAGGUCCUCCCAUUAUUCUAUGGGCAGUCGAGCUUUUUCCCAUGACAGUAUUUUUAUACCUGAUGGGAGAACAGAGAGCGAACAGGCCAUCCAAGCAAUGUCACAGGAGAACGUUUUAGGAAAAGUCAAAACUCUUCAGCAACAGUUGGCCAAGAAUAUAAAAUUUGGGCAGCCUCCACAAAUGACAGUUUCUGUGAGGACAAUGGGGGAGGCAAACGCUGAUAUAGAAGAGGAUGUGCUGCUCAGUAGCCCCAUGGAGAUUGAGACUCAGCAGGACACAGUGAUCUCAGACAGUGGUUAUAAAUCCACUGACACUCCAGAUCCAUUGAAAAAAAAGUAUUUGCCUGGAACAGGACAUGAAGUGGAAGAAAAGGUCACUCCAGUCAAAUCAUCUCGGCCAAAAAGACAAUUUUCCUGUUCUGGCACUAUUGAAACAAUCAAUUUGGAUGCAGUUCCCCAGGCUGUUGCUCGUCUAGACAACAGUGCAGCUAAACACAAGCUGUCAGUGAAGCCAAAAAAGCAGAGGAUGUCACGAAAGCACAAGAGAUUAACAAAGGGAUCACAAAGUUUAACGAUAACUGAAUUUGAGCCAGAGGACCUAGAAACUCAUCUGUAUGGAGACAGAUACCCAGGUUAUAAUGGACACAUCAUAGCAGACAAGCUAAUCCAGAACAGAGAUGAGCAGAAGCAGCUUCAGCUGGCAGAGGAGAAAAGAAUUGAAGAUCACUGGGGCAUCUUUGAGGCUGAAAGGAUAAGGCAGAUUGUAGAAAUGGAAGAACAAAGAGAAAUGGAAGAACAAAGGUGCCAAGAACUUGAGCAGAUGCAAAAAGAGCAGGAGAGAAGGCGUUGUGAAGAAAAGAGGAGCCAGUAUCUCCUUGAAGAAGAGUCGUCUUUGGAAAUAGAAGAGCAAACAUGCCAUAAAGAAGAGAGAAGACUUCUGGAGGCUGAAAAGAGGCAAGAGCUUGAGGAGCAGAGAUGCGCCAGGAACAGGAGGAGCAACAGAGACGAGCUGGAGGAGAAGAAGCUCCAGGAGUGGGAGGAGCAACAAAGACGAGAGCUGGAGGAGCAGAAGCUCCAGGAGCAGGAGGAGCAAGAGAGACGAGAGUUGGAGAAGCAGAAGCUCCAGGAACAAGAGGAGCAAGAGAGACGAGAGUUGGAGGAGCAGAUGCUCCAGGAACAGGAGGAGCAACAGAGACAAGAGCUAGAGGAGCAGAAGCUCCAGGAGCAGGAGGAGCAACAGAGACGAGAGCUGGAGGAGCAGAGGCACCGGGAAUGGGAGGAGCUGAGACAUCAGCAGUUGGAGGAGCAGAAGAAUCAGGAAAAGCAGAGAUGCAAGGAGUUGGAGGAGAAACAGAGACGAGAGCUGGAGGAGCAGAAGACGCUACAGCUGGAAGAAUUAAGGCAACAUGAGAUUGAAAAACAGUGUCAAGAGGAAGAAGAAAGAAGUUGUCUGGAGGAACAAAAAGAACUCGAGGAACAAAAUAAGGAAGAAAAGCAGAGACAAGAGCUAGGAGAGAAAGAGCUUCAAGAAGCUGAAAGAAAACUGAAGCAGGAGAAAGAAAAACGGGAAGAGCAGAGAAAACACAAGCUCACAAAACAAAUGCACAUGGAAAGUGCAGAGGGUGUGCAACAAGAUGAAUUGAAGCAGCAAAAGGAACAAAAUGAACAAGAGUGGAACAAACUGGAGGAGCAGAAGGUAGACACAGAAGGACAAAAUCUUCAGCAAAACCAACAAGAAAAAUCCUUGGAACAGCAACAGGACAAGGAUCAGUUGUGUUCUGGAGGGGCUGAUAGGCACCUGGUAGCGGAGAAGCUCCAAGAAGGAUUAAGAUCUCAAAAGUUCAAACAGCCAGAAAAAGGAAAUAAAACAGCAGAAGUCUUAGCCCAGGAACUGAAGAGAGAAGUUGAGGCUCAGGAGCAAAAGCGAACAGGGGAAGAACUUAGGUGGCAAGAGGUAGAUGAAAGACAGACUGCAUCCAGACCCUUCACAUUUCAAGUAUCUUCUGGAGAUAAACAGAUCAUAUUUCAGAAAGUAAAUCUGAGUCCCGUCAUGCCUGUCAAAGGAGCAGGACUCUCUUCUCCAUCCAUCAAAGACUACAGGAUGCAUGCUUCCAGCAAGGGCUCUCAUACACUCCCGUCAUCUGUGUGUGUACCUCAUACAGCUAUUUUGGUUACGGGAGCACAGCUGUGCGGCACAGCAGUUAACUUGAACCAGAUAAAGGACACAGCUUGUAAAUCGUUACUUGGCUUAACGGAAGAGAGAAAAAGUGUAGACAUUCCUUCACCAGAGAAGGCCCAGAAAAAAUCCCAGGAUCCCAAACCCAGCAGCAGUAAAAUGAAAUAUGCACAAGAGACUCUGAACAACCAGGCUGUACUAGCUGAGUGGGCCUCUAUCCGCUCCAGAAUCCUAAAGAACACAGAAAACAGCAAAUAUAACGAGAGAGACCGAGUAAGUGUCUGCAGACACAGCGAUGACUGGACACCCCGAGGACGAGGUGCUCCCCAUGGCAACUUGAGGAAGACCUUAUCUGCAAAUGCAAAGUUCUCGAUAACACCAGCAUGGCAGAAAUUUUCAGAAGCUUCAAAAACCAAUUCAGACGCUGAGAAUGUAAGUGCAGCAAAAGGCAAUGAAACAGCGGCUGUAGGAAGAACCACUGGCUCAUCCACUGAUUUGAAGGAGGAUGUGGCUUCCACUUUUAAGGAUAACUUAGCUGAAAAGGGUAAGGAGAAAACGGAAACCCAUAGUGAAGUGACAGACAACACAGAAGGCUGUAAAUUUGCAAAAGAUCUUCCAUCUUUCCUCGUUCCAAGUUUUCCUCAUUCGCCGGGUAAAGAGUUACCCCAGGCAGAACUUCCCAGUGCUCUGGAAAAUCAGCAGAAUAACAGCACAAAAAAAGCAGAUAAACCAGCACCAAACGGAGAAGAAAAUGUUUCUCCUUUUGGGAUAAAGUUACGAAGGACAAACUACUCUUUACGUUUUCAUUAUGAUCAACAGGCAGAGCAAAGGAAAAAGAAAAGAUACAGUGCAGGAGAUAGUUUUGACGGUGUGCCUGACCCACUAGUUACAACAGAAGGUGAGAAAGAAUCCACUGUUUUUGCUCCACAAGAGACUACAUCCCCUGGCAUGGGAAGAGUGAACGUCCCUGGUAAUGUAAAAGAUUCAAAAGACUCUUCAGUUACUGUGGUGGAGAUGUCGCAACCAGUGGGCACACCAGUGGUCCUACCAGCCACUGGCCAGAGUGCUUUACCCCCUCAUGAGAAACCAGCAUGCAAGUCACUGGUCCCACAGAAACCUGCUUUAGCUCCAAAGCCAACCAGCCAGACACCACCAUCAUCUCCUCUCUCUAAAAUGAACAGAUCAAACCUAGCUGACACGCUUGGGCAAAGGUUGGUUAAAGCUGAAUCAGAAGGUGGCUGGAGAAAAGACGACAGAGCAAAUGCAGUGCACCCCACACCAUCCAGUGAGUACAAAAAUGAAGAGGAAGAAAUCAGAGAAAAAAAGUCAUUUUUCCCAUCCAUAAGUAUCCCAUGGAGGGAAAAAAAUGACAAAAAGCCUGAGCCGCUGAAGAAAGAAAAGCCAGUCCUCCAGAGCAGGCACUCUUUAGAUGGCUCUAAAUUGAUGGAAAAAGUUGAAGCUUCACAACCACUUUGGAUUACAUUAGCUCUGCAAAAGCAAAAGGGAUUUCGUGAGCAGCAGGCUACACGGGAAGAGAGGAGACAAGCCAGAGAGGCAAAGCAAGCAGAGAAGCUGGCUAAAGAAAAUGCUGCUGUAAGUAAUCAGUCAGAUAACAAAAGCAGCAGCAGCAGCAAAACAAGCACACUGCAGAAAUCUACAACUCAAGAAGGGGAGAAGAAAAUUGAGACUGCUGUGUCAAGACUAGAAAGAAGGGAACAGCUAAAGAAGUCGAACACCCUUCCAACUUCUGUGACAGUGGAAAUUUCAGAUUCUGUUCCGUCAACCCCACUGGCAAAGGAGGUGACCAAGAGAUUCUCUACGCCUGAUGCUAACCCUGUGUCAACAGAGCCAGCCUGGCUUGCAUUAGCCAAGAGGAAAGCAAAAGCCUGGAGUGACUGUCCACAGAUCAUAAAGUAAACUGUAAAAUUACAUCUCUAUUGCUAUUAAUUGCUUUCUUUUUAUUUAUUCAGCUUUUUACACAUGACAAAACUGAAAAUGCAUGUAUUCAAGGACUGAAAACUGAUUACCAUUUUGCUCUAGCUCACUGUAAAGUCUACUCAAGUCAUAUAUUCCAUUGCUUUGACAAAUAGCUAAAUGUGGUCACAACAAAAAUUUCAGAGCCAGACUCUCUAAAAAAUGUAAGAAUGCUCAGAUACUGGAUGUAAAUUUCAGUAAGUAUCAAAAUAAGGGCCAGAAUUUCAGUUCAGAAGCUCCUUAAAUUCUGUGGGUAUUCGGCUCUGGAAUUUUAGAUCUCUACACUUAAGGAGAGAUCUCAGAAAUUUUUUUCAACAUUCCAUUGUUGAAAAUUAAGGCAAGAUGCAUGUUCCCUUCUCUUAUUCCUAUUUUUUUUUUAAAGUGUUAAACUGUAUGAACUGUCAGUUUUACCUGCUAUUUGAAAGCUUCUUCCCUAA